AUGGCUGACAGCUACGCACAAAUUCCCUCUGGCGUUCUGGUCCAGCCAAAGCCGUUCCGGGUCUCAAUUGAAGACGAAAAGGUUGAAGAGCUUAAAUUACUUGUCAAGCUAGGCAAGAUUGCAAAGCCUACCUAUGAGUCCACGCAGAAGGAGCACAACUACGGUAUUACGCACCAAUGGCUCACUGAUGCCAAGGAUGCUUGGAUGAAAUUUGACUGGCGAGCUGCUGAGAAGCGCAUUAAUUCAUUCAACCAUUGGAAAAUGCCUGUCCAUGACGCAGAAGGCGAUUUUGAUCUGCAUUUUACAGGCCUCUUCUCGAAGAAGCCCGGCGCUAUCCCUCUAGUGAUGGUGCACGGCUGGCCCGGAAGCUUCCUAGAAUAUCUCGGCGUCUUGUCAAUUCUGAAAGAUCGCUACACUUCCGAAACACUCCCAUACCAUGUCAUCAUUCCGUCCUUGCCUGGUUUCGCCUUUUCUAGUAAGCCACCGAUGGAAAGAGACUUUUGCAUCGAAGAUGCUUCACGCAUUAUCAAUUCCCUUAUGGUCCAGCUGGGAUUUGGCAGCGGUUAUGUCAUCCAGGGGGGUGAUCUCGGGAGCAUAGUAGCUCGUGAGCUAGCUGCGAAUUAUAAAGAGUGCAAAGCGCUUCAUCUCAACAUGUGCAUGGUACCCGAGCCGUCCACUGUCACAGGCGAAGUCACCGAAGCUGAGAAACAAGCCCUUGCGCGCGGCGAUGACUUUAGGACUCGAGGCUCAGCUUACGCCUUUACCCACGGCACCAGGCCAAGCACAAUCGGCCUCGUCCUCUCAACCUCGCCCCUGGCGCUCUUGACCUGGAUUGGCGAGAAGUUUCGCGACUGGACAGAUGUAGAGCCUCCCACCGACGAGACUUUGACUUCUGUCUCACUAUACUGGCUUACUGACACGUAUCCAACAUCCAUCUAUGCAUACCGCCAUUUACCUGGGUUUGGUGGCCCCCCUCGUGACCCAAUGCCAUAUAUUACCAAGCCAAUGUCCUACAGUUGGCUGCCGAAAGAAGUUGCGCCUACGCCUGUCGCCUGGGUUUCGUCAGUAGGAAACCUGGUGCACUACAAGAGGCAUGAGAGCGGUGGCCAUUUUGCUGCGUUUGAGAAACCAGAGGAGUUGUUGGGGGCUGUGGAGGAAUUUGUAAAGCAAAUUUCAGCUGAUGGAAGUCUGAAAAUCUGA